UCACUUCCGGUUCGCUUGGGAGGCAGCAGACGCUCAGGGUCACAUUGAGUCCACUGAGAGCGACCAGUCUGUCAGGAGCCACCAUGGCCGAGGACAUCAAGACCAAGAUCGCCAACUACCGCACGGCGCCCUUCGACAGCCGCUUCCCCAACCAGAACCAGACCCGCAACUGCUGGCAGAAUUACCUGGACUUUCACCGCUGCGAGAAGGCCAUGAACGCCAAGGGCGGGGACGUCUCCAUCUGCCAGUGGUAUCGGCGCGUCUACAAGUCUCUGUGUCCCAUCUCCUGGGUGAACUCCUGGGACGAACGCAGAGAGGAUGGCACAUUUCCCGGGAAGAUCUGAGCCUUGUCACUUCGCCCUCCUCUGAGGCCUGCUUGCCUGUCUGUCCGUCUCCGCCAGACUCCGCCCCUACUCCCUCCCGGGCGGGGGGACCCUAAGUCGUGGGCAGAAUAAAUCGUUUUAGGAAUUGUGA